AUGAAUUACCGCCAUCUCGUUAUAGACGAAUCUCGUAACUACGCUGACGAGCUAUGGAGCAAAGAUCAGCAACGAGCGUUGGAGGCCAUCGCCAAUGCAAUCAUUUCUCCACUGACCCCGAAGGAGAAGGAGUCCUUCCUCAACACACUACCAUCUGAUCUGAGUGCCGAAGACAAAGCCCGCGCGAAUGAGUAUGCGGAUCUUUCGUUCUCCGACCUACCGAAUGGAGUGAAUCUUAUCGCCAUGCACGUCCACGAAACAGUUUCGUUCACGCUCCGGAGUUUGAUUACUUUGUUGCUAAAGUCGUUGGCUACACGAGCUGGGUGUCUGGCUCUUAUCGGACGUGUGGGACCUGUCUGGGAUGUGGACCAAGACGCCAUUGUCACUACCCUUCUAGCAUGGAGGACGUCGCCGAUCCAAGUGCUGCGACUUGGGCAGUUCGGAUUAAUAGGUCUGACGAUGAUGGUGUUUUACCGGCACUUUGAGAAGGCGACCGAAGCUAUUGGUUAUCCGACUGGGCCUACCGACGACUGGAAAACGCCCCCUGGCUUUGAGGAACAAACGGCGAUUCCACAUUACAACUUCCAGUUCCUCAACGACAACUUGCCAUUGUCACCGACGUCUGAGCCCAUAGACUUGGAAACGGACGUCGUCGUUGUCGGCUCAGGUUGUGGUGGUGGUGUCGUUGCAGCUUAUUUAGCAGAGCGUGGCCUUAAAGUGGUCGUCGUCGACAAGGGCCUGUAUGUUCGACCCGAAGAGAUGCCUUUGACACAGUCGUUCGGCUUCGACCAAAUGUUCGAGCGCUUGGGUUUCGUGCCCUCAUCGACAAUGAGUAUUGGCGUACUGGCUGGUAGCGGGUUCGGUGGUGGCUCGACAAUCAACUGGGGUGCGACGCUGACGCCUCGCUACUUUUUGCGCCAAGCAUGGUCGAAAAAGUAUGGCAUGCCGUAUUUUGAGUCGGCUCUAUUUACGCAAGACCUCGAUGCAUGUGCACACCGGAUGGGCACGACUGACAAUAUUACGCACAAUAGAGCCAAUACGCUCCUAAUGCUAGGGGCGCGCCGAGCUGGACAGCCCGUCAGUGCUGUGCCGCAGAACAACGGUAACUUGCCGCAUUACUGCGGCAAAUGCACAUUUGGCUGUCCGUCUGGACACAAACAUGGCACUUUGAUGACGUAUCUUAGAGAUGCGGCCGAGCAUGGCGCACAGUUCUUGACACAUUGUGACGUUGAACGUGUGUUGAUGGAGGACGGCAAAGCGACCGGUGUAAUGGGACAUGUGAAAGGUCAGUCUGUCCGCAUCCACGGCAAGCAGGGUGUCGUGAUAUCGGCGGGCAGUGUUAACACGCCUGCCAUUCUGCUGCGGACACCAGAGCUCAAGAAAAACAAGCAGAUUGGCGAACAUUUGCACCUGCACCCAGUCGCUUUCGUGCACGGCUUUUACGACAUCCCCGUAUAUCCGUGGGAAGGAGGCAGUUUAACGACCGUAUCAAAUGCUGCAGAGCUCGUGGAUCCCCACGGUUGGGGUGCGAAGAUUGAAGUGAUGGCAUCUGCGCCGUCGCUAUUCUGUGCGAUUCUUCCCUUCCAAAACAGUGCACAGCACAAGAAACUCGCGUCGCGCUAUCGCUACAGCUACACGGCAAUUGUCCUUGUUCGUGAUCGCGAUGGCGGCCGCGUAAAGCUAGACAAGUAUGGUCGGGCGCUUAUGGACUACAAUUUGAGCAAGUUUGACCAAAAGAGCAUGCUAGAGGGAGUCAAACGAGCGACAGAAAUCCACAUGAAUGCAGGGGCCUCGGCCAUUGCAGUCACCCAGUUUGACGUGCCUUUGUAUGAGUGCCCAAAGAACAAACUGCCAAGCUCUGUGCCAGAGAAGCUACUGCCAGGUAGCUAUCCAUUUGACUCGUUACCACCACAGGGCGAUGUUAUGCAUCCAUCGUUCGUUGAGUUCCAAAAGCAGAUCGAGCGUGCUGGGUUCUCAACUCUUCGUUGCACACUUGGCUCUGCUCACCAGAUGGGUUCCUGUCGCAUGGGGGCUGACCCGACAACAUCUGCAUGUGAUCCGCGCGGUCGCUUGCGAGGCGCUUCGCGUCUUUGGGUCGCAGAUGGGUCUGUCUUGCCGGAAGCAUCAGGCGUGAAUCCCAUGCUCACCAUCCUGGGCACGUCUCGUGGCAUUGCUCGCAAUAUUGCGGAAGAAUUGGGUGUGGCUCGUUCGGAUGACCUUGCAUCCACUACGUCAACUAGCAUACCCGCUCCAUCGCCACCUCGUGCUCACUUGUGA